AUACUCUGUAUGCUGUGGGGAUCCAAUGCAUCCAUCCAUCAGCGGUGCAGCGGGCUAGGCCGACUAGCAGUCCGUCCUUCAAAAGAAACACUGCAUCUCAUUCGACUCUGAUUUUUGUAGGAUCCGCACUUCCCCACCCGUGAUGCUGACAAAAAGGAAAAAAGUGAGGCCUUUGACAAUAAUCGACCCGAACUAGAAACUCAGAGCAGUGCCGUGGUGCACAGACUCGACCGUUGUUUUUCUCCUUCUCCAGUUCUGUUUCUUUGAUUCUCUUCUCUCUUGUACUUGACUGGUUCAGUAUCUUCAGCUAUUGAUAGACCCCCAGGUUACUUCUUUUCCAUGACUUUGACACAAGGCUCGCUUUCCCUCGGUUACUUGCCUCUUGUCGAUCUGUAUAAUAGCCGAUAAUCCAGCUUAGUAGGCUCUUGGCCAGGAUUCUAUCACAGCUUCCAGAUGCACGAGAAAUCUCCCAGACUGCCAGUGCGGCAGCUGCUGAUUCUAUCAAUAUGUAGAUUUGCCGAGCCAGUUGUUUUCACUUCCGCCUUACCAUAUCUCCCCGAAAUGAUCGAGGACAUUGGCGUCCCCAAAAACGAAGUUGCGAAAUGGGUUGGAAUCACCUCGGCCGCGUCAGCCAGCUGCCAGGCCGCCAUGGCCGUGACUUGGGGAACCGUCUCGGACACCGUCGGUCGCAAGCCCAUCAUCCUGUGCGGCUUGACCUUCACUAUGAUUUUCUCGCUGAUGUUCGGCCUGUCAAAGACUCUGGCGAUGCUGGUCGCUUCCCGUGCACUGCUGGGUCUCAUGAACGGGAACGUCGGAAUCAUCCGGACCAUGGUGGCGGAGAUGGUCCCAGAGAAGGAGUUGCAGCCGCGUGCAUUCAGCAUUAUGCCGCUGGUUUGGACCAUUGGGAGUAUCUUUGGGCCGGCCUUUGGCGGUGCCCUGGCGCGCCCGGCGGAGAAGCAUCCGGGGACUUUCGGGAAUUGGAAGCUUUUCAAGGCCUAUCCGUUUCUGUUGCCUAAUCUGGCAUCGGCUUUUCUAUUCGUUAUUGGGAUUACGACGGGGUGGCUCUUUUUGCAUGAAACACUGGCAGCCAAGAAGCAUCACCGCGAUGUAGGUUUACGGCUGGGUCAGAUGUUGACAGGCUCCUGUAGCUCUCGCAGAAAGCAGAUGUCCUACUCCGAGACGCAGGAGGAUGACGAAAGGACUGCGCUGCUGGGAAAGCACCGGUCCACAAAGAACACGACUGCCAAACGGCCGAGCUGGAAGGAGGUCUUUUCUCCGCAGUCCACAUUGGUUCUUCUGGCCUAUGCCAUGAUGGCGAUGCAUAACAUGGCGUUCGACUCCCUGCUUCCAGUUUUCCUGCAUACGCCGAUCCAGAGAUUGGAGGGGAAUCCCGAGGUGCGGUUGCCGUUCAAAUUUAUCGGUGGGUUCGGCGUUGACUCCCAAACGAUCGGCAUAUACUACACGUUGAUCGGUAUUAUCGGGAUGUUCGUUCAGUUCUUCAUCUUCCCGGUAGCGGCCAAGCGAUUUGGUGUCCUCAACUGCAUCAAAGUCAUUGCCGUCGCCUCCCCUGUCGUGUACCUCCUGACACCUUUCACUGCACUCGUACCAGCAUCGAUCCGGAGUUUUGCGGUAUUCAUGCUCAUGCUCAGCAAGCUGAUAUGCAGCAUCUUCAGCUUUCCCUGCUGCACCAUCCUCCUGACUAACUCCGCAGCCAGUCUCAGCGUGUUGGGGACUCUGAAUGGCGUCGGCACGAGUGUCAGUGCAGUCGGAAGAGCAGCGGGACCUGCACUUAUCGGUGCGGCGUUUUCCUAUGGUGUUAACCAGGGCUACGUCAUUCUCCCUUGGUGGCUUCUGGCUUUCUUUGCUGCCUUGAGUGCAGUGCCUGUCUUUUGGGUAGAGGAGACGGAUGGCUUUCACGGCGGCCAAGAGUCGGAAUCGGAGGCUGCGGAGGAUUGAACUGUUGACUACUCACUGCACCUUUGUCAUGUUCAACUUCGACACAUAUCAAGGGCACAAGGAUUCAGGCUGAAUGACGGACAUUAAUGACCCUACCAGCGAAUUCAUUGCAAGCGCAGCGUUGGACCACUUUCAAAUCUGCAUCCCACCAUCCCACCAUCCAUCAGGCGUUCACUUGCAAUUACGAUAUCACGUUUCAUGGGCUGUUAUGACUUACGUUUCUAAAAACUUUAUGGGCAAUGAUUGCGCGCAUAUAUAUGAUUUAUGUCAUCUACCAAAUGGGACUAGAAAUAUGACCCUCUUUAC